AUUAAGACAUCAUAAUGUACUGUUAAACAGAUAUUUUUGACCAGUCUAUUUCAGUGAAUUGUUGAAAAUCAAUUCGGCAAGCCAAACAGUGAAAUAAGUAGAGAACAAUAAUAUAUGUAAUGAUUACACAACAAAAAUGACGUAAAUCAAGCAAACAUCAGCACAGCAUAUUUAAAAAAAAAAAAAGUAAAGCAUGUUCUUGCUUGUUAAACCACUGUUCCAUUUACACCCAUCAGCGUGGGAGUGUGAACCUGUUUCACUGUGGUUUCUCAUGAUCAAAGGGAAAACAUUAAUCAGGUACUGACGAGUAUUUGCCUGCUGACUUCCAACUCCAGCCUGGGAGAGAAAACAGAUGCAGAGGUCUCUCCUCUAAUGUCUGUUCCCUACAAACCCUUGGACAGUGAACGUUAUAGUACUUUUAAACAGUGCUGCACCGCUUCGGGAAUUUAUACCGUUCCUUUGCUCUGGACAUCGAAACAAGGCCCCCCUCCAUGGCUCUGCAGGUCUUGGGAAUCACUCUUUCAAUGAUCGGCUUUGCGGGAACCAUUAUCAUCUGUGCCUUACCCAUGUGGAAGGUAACUGCAUUCAUCGGCACAAACAUCGUGGUGGCACAGGUCUUCUGGGAGGGACUGUGGAUGACCUGCGUUCACGAGCGCACUGGUCAGAUGCAGUGUAAACUGUAUGAUGCUCUGCUGGAUUUGGAUCCAUCCUUGCAAGCCGCACGUGGACUAGUGGUGACUACCAUGGCAUUGGCUUGCCUGGCUUUCCUUAUCUUCCUAGUUGGAGCCAACUGCACAAACUGCUUAGAUAACCCGCGCGCCAAAGCACGGAUCGUAGUGGUCUCUGGGAUUACGUUUAUGCUUUCUGGAUUGACUACUGUGAUACCUGUGUCUUGGACCGCCCACUUCAUUAUCAGAGACUUUUAUAAUCCCAUAGUCCACGAAGCAUUAAAGAGAGAGAUGGGGGCAGCCCUCUAUGUUGGCUGGGUAACUGCAGGGUUUCUGUUUAUUGGUGGAGCGGUUCUCUGCACAAGCUGGCCACCGGAGAGGGUCAACAAUUCACCAAGAUAUACCAUGGCAAAGGCCGGCACCCACAGCAGCUAUGCCAUAAAAAACUAUGUUUGAAAUACUGCAUAUGCCACUUUAGAUAGAUGGACACACUGAUCAAAUGCUAAAUGUGGAUAAAAUUUUGCAUUAUUAUUCUUUUCAAGAAAAGUACUUUUAUUGUUAACAUUUUAAUUGCAUUUUUCAAUGUGAUAAGAUUGAAAAGAUGUAUUGACUAGUCAUCUGAUAAACAUCUGUUUUGUUUCUUUUCUGUGUAUGGCUUGGCUUUUAUCUCUGUCUGUUCAUACGAACAGCCAAACAGUUCAUGAUGAGCCGAGAGGAUU